UUCGGGGAUCAGGGGAACUUCGGAGGGAGCCCAGUGGCGACAGAUGCACAGGUGCCAUGGACUCCACUGGCGGGCCAACCUUCCCUUCUGGGCUGCUCUCAGGGGGUGCUUCUCCUAGCGGUGAUGAAGGGUUCUUCCCCUUUGUGCUGGAGCGCCGAGACUCCUUCUUGGGAGGGGGCCCAGGCCCAGAGGAACCAGAGGACCUGGCCCUACAGCUUCAACAGAAGGAGAAGGACCUGCUGCUGGCCGCUGAACUUGGCAAGAUGCUUCUGGAACGCAAUGAGGAGCUUCGGAGGCAGCUAGAAACGCUGAACACUCAGCACCUGGAGCAUGAAGAAAGGCUGCAGCAGGAGAAUCAUGAACUCCGCCGCGGACUGGCAGCCCGGGGUGCUGAAUGGGAGGCCAGAGCUGUGGAGCUGGAGGGAGACGUGGAGGCCUUGCGGGCCCAGCUUGGGGAACAACGGUCAGAGCAGCAGGGCAGUGGUCGAGAGCGGGCAAGGGCCCUCAGUGAGCUCAGCGAGCAAAACCUCAGACUCAGCCAGCAGCUGGCCCAGGCCUCCAGGACUGAGCAGGAACUGCAGCGGGAGUUGGACACCCUCCGGGGGCAGUGCCAGACUCAGGCCCUGGCAGGGGCCGAGCUGAGGGCGCGGCUGGAGAGUCUGCAGGCAGAGAACCAGAUGCUGCAGGAUCGCAGGCAGGACCUAGAGGCCCAGAUCCGAGGGCUCCGUGAGGAAGUGGACAAAGGCCAAAGCAGGCUACAGACCACCCAUGAAGAGUUGCUGCUACUCCGUCGAGAGAGGAAAGAACACAGGCUGGAGCUGGACCGCGCUCGCUUGGAGGCUGGAGAGGCGCUGAGCACGCUGCGGAGGCUGCAGCGUCGGGUCUCGGAACUGGAGGAGUCGCGACUCCAGGACGCCGAUGUGUCGGGUGCCUCCCUGCAGACCGAGCUUGCCCACAGCCUUGACGACGACCAAGACCAGCAUGUCAAUGAGUGGGAAGGCGCUCAGACCAUCUUGUCUCUGGAGACCCAAGAAGCAUCCAGUCCCCAGCCUUCAAUCCAGGAAGAGAGCUUAGAGCCCCCCAAGAAGCGAGCAUCCCUGAGCCCAGCAGAGAUACUGGAGCAGAAGGAGGCAGAAGUAGCCAGGCUACAGGAUGAGAUCGUGCUGCACCGCACAGAGCUACAGACCCUGCGGGAUGAGCUGCGACGACAGAAGGAGCUGAGGGCGCAGGACGACCCCGAAGAAGCCCUGAGCUGUGCACUCUCUGACCGGGACGAAGCAGUGAACAAGGCCCUGCACCUGUCGCUGGAGCUCAGUCGUGUCUCGCUGGAGCGCGACUCUUUGUCCCGGGAACUGCUGCGAGCCAUCCGCCAGAAGGUGGCGCUGACGCAGGAGCUCGAGGCUUGGCAGGACGACAUGCAGGUGGUGAUUGGACAGCAGCUGCGCUCCCAGCGCCAGAAGGAACUCAGUGAGGCUGCUGCAGCGCGAGCGAAGACUGGCUUCUCACUGCGCCUGGGAUCCGGGCGGCGGGGAGGCUUUCUAAGUAACCUCUUCCGAAGGACAUGAGGGCUGGCGGCAGGGCUACCUUUUCUCACCCUGGGGCUCACUUUCCUCUUAACAGCCAAUGGAUCCACAGGGCCUGAAUAACUUCCAAGGGAGGCCACUGUCUUCCUUGCCCCAAGAGGUGGACAGAGGCUAUUCGGGAGCAGGAGCCAGCUUUGGGGCAGGAACCCCAGGUCGGUGGUCGGGGCAGAACUGUUUAUUUUUCGAAUCUACAUAGGUCUAUCUUUUCUAAGCACCAGGCUCCUGUUCUAUCCGUGGGACAGGGCUGGGGAUGGGUAUUUAUGUAUAAGGAUAGGUGAGAGCAAUAUAUAAAUCGCUAUACUUACUUGGUCUCCAUUCUUGGAUAGAAAGUGCAAACAAACAAA